AUGUCCAACACAGUGGGAUGUCCUUCCUUGGAGGAGCAGUUUGCAGGUCUCGAGUUUUGUCCAGAUGAAGGGAUCACAAGAGAGCAGCCUCAGAUUUUUGUGCUGCUGAACUGGGGUACAGUGGUUCCCCUGAUUCCUAUCCCCGGAGUGUUUUAUCUGAAAAGCCCGCCCGUUCCGUGUGCGCUCCCCGCUGCCUCCGCCACAGCACCGAGUGUCCCCGGGCUGGAGAAAAAAGGGAAGCUCCAGAAGCAGAUCUGUCAGGUGGUUCUGGAUCACUUUGAGAAGCAGUACACGGCAGAGCUGGGAGAGGCAUGGAGCACUGUCAGAGAUGUGCUGACCUCGCCGUGGUGCUGGCAGCACGCCGUGCUGCUGAACAGGUUCAGCCACAGCCCCGGCCUGGAGAGCAGCCUGGCUGAGCAGGGAUAUCAUGCUGCCUUCCCAGCAGCUCUGCCCUACCUCCCAGCAGCCUUCAGGUGUUACACCAGGACAGCUCCUGGCAGAUUCCCUGCACAGAAACACCAGCCUGGCAGACUGAAGGAGUAUUACCUGCUGAAUGCUGCCUCGCUGCUGCCCGUGCUGGCCUUGGAGGUGAAGGAUGGGGAAGAUGUUCUGGAUCUCUGUGCUGCACCAGGGGGAAAAUCUGUAGCUAUCCUGCAGUGUGCCUGUCCAGGUCAUUUUCACUGUAACGAAUAUGAUGAUUUGAGGUCAAGAUGGUUGGAGCAGACAAUAGAAUCCUUCAUCCCAGAUCCUGUGAUCAACUUGAUAACAGUCUCUAAACUGGAUGGUAGACAGAUUGGAGAUCUUCAGCCUGAAUUUUAUGACAAGGUACUGGUUGAUGCUCCUUGUUCAAAUGACAGAAGUUGGCUCUUCUCUGCUGACCCUCAGCAGGCUGUGCUCAGGCUCAUGCAAAGGAAGGAGUUGUCCUCCCUGCAAUUCCAGCUUCUAAGAUCUGCUGUAAAAGCCCUGCGUCCUGGUGGGUCCUUGGUCUAUUCCACGUGCACCCUCUCCAAGGCAGAAAACAGUGAUGUGAUCAGUCUCAUCCUGAGCUCCUGCAGGAAUGUGAUGCCUGUGGAUAUAAGUGGGAUGGCCAGAGGUGUUUCCCAGGAAUUCUCUUUCCUUGUUGGAAUGCAGCAGCACGAACUGCUGGUUCUCCCAGAGAAAGGGAGAGCGUGGGGUCCCAUGUACGUGGCUAAAUUAAAAAAAGUGUCCCCCACCUGAUGCUGGUGGUUUACAAGCAGUAUAUGAUAAAUUAAUAUUGAUUUAAAUAUAGUGUGUGCAUAUGAACACGUCCAAGGCAACUGAAAUUAGUAUGAUGCAAUUUCCUGAUCAAAAGGAAGCAAGAAGUUUAAUUUAUUUUAACUUAAAAUACUGAAUGUGCCUUCUAUCUUGGGCUUGUGGGCGUCUGAGAAGUCCUGAGGAAGUCAGGGAGCUUUGUAUUGUUUUCAAGGUGGUGCUUUCAAAGGGAUUUGGAUUCCAGAAUAGAGGCUUAAUGUGGUAGAGUUUUGCACUGGUUUUGGUUUUUUAUUUACUAACUUGGUUCUAAUACAGUAUAUUUUUAAAUAAAUGGUUUCCAGUGGUCUGAAGUCAUGGAAAUCCUGCAUUCUCUUUAAACACAUCUAGAAAUCUGUGUUUCUGCAAGAGCUGAUUUGUAUGUGCAGUGCCAUCUUCAAGCACUGGCAGAACAGGUCUCGUAUUUGCUAAGCUGUUUACUUACAAAACAAAGGUGUCUUGUUUACACAGAUGCAAAGGUCAGCACUUAGAUCAACACCAGCUUUUUUUGUUGUUGUUUUAAUUUAUUAAUAUUCUUCUAUUUUGAGCUUGCAAAAAUAUGCAUUGAAAGAGUAA